CUAAGGAGGUUGUGUAUAACAUUCAAUAUUAUUUGGUGGAGAUUUGGAUUAGUUUUGAGUGAGAAUUGCAAUUAAAAAUUGCAUGAAAAGUUCAUCUAUAUAGUUAGGGAAGAGUAAUUAAUGAGGACCAAAAGUAUGUUCAAUUGUCAGAGUAGAAGAGAUUGGAACCAUAUUGUGUUUGGAUUUCAUGUCCAUCUAUAAAAGGAAAGAAGUUGGGUUUUGGUUCCUCGUCGUAGAAAUCAGACCAAACGAUGGGAGACUCUCAAGGCACUUUGGAUAUGCUAACCUCUGAUCUUGAGAGAGUCUGGAACUCUGAAUAUUUUUGCCCCAUGAAGGAGCGUCGUGAAGAAUUUCGGGAUAUUCAUAAGAGAUGCUGGACUCAGAUCUGCCGGAGCGAAGGUUUUGACAUUGAUGAAUUUCCCCUGGGUUGUCUACGUACUCAAUAUGCACCACUUCUGGACUUUGAGGAAGUAGAGGGUGACAAACUGGUGAAAAUGGCUAACCAUGCUAUUUUGGAAUAUAAUGACAAAGAAAGCAGUGUUUUUAAGUACGAGUUUUUGAAGAUUGAGAAAGUGACCUUUCUAGGGGAUGCAGAGAGACAAACACAAUAUUUGAUGACUGUUAAAGUUAGAAAUCUCACUCUUCGUACUAUAGAAACAUUUCAAAUUACUGGAGCUAUCAAAUAUUGCUAUCCGCCUGAGUUUAUCAUCAGUCUUUGCAGGCCCAAAAAAGAGGUUUGAGGUUUAGCGUAUAAACCUCCUCUGCCAUCUAAAAUGGUGGUUAUUAUUGCCCUGGAUUGCUCUAAGUUUACUUAUUUAAGUACUGAGUAAUUAUUUUUAUCUAAUUUUCAUCCUUUAAUGUGCUGGAGUUCCACCAUAUAUGUUAGAAAUUUUAUACGCAGGAGCUUCACAAUC